GACACACAGGCUCUCUCUCUCCCUCUCUCUAAUACCUUUCUGUUCUUUGAAGGAACUGCAGUCCUGUGUCUCCCACUCGCUCUGCUCCUGAGCCAUGGGUUCGGAGAGAUGUUAUGUUUGGAGCUCGGUGUCAUCUUCAUCUGCUUCUACCACGUCGUCUUCGAUGUCGGCGGCGGAUCUGAUGGUUAAGAUAGAGCUGGAGGCGGCGGAGGCUCUGGCGGAUUUGGCUCAUUUGGCAGUUCGAGAGAGUGGUGGCGGUGGCUCGGGCGGGAAAUGGGGGAGCAAAGGGAAACGGGCCAGGAAGCGAGUCAAGAGCGAGUCGCCGCCGGCUGACUCGGUGUUCCAGUUGAGCCCGGUGGACUUGGUCCCUAGCUGUUCGGAUCUCGCUGAGCAGGAUCGAGCAGUUCUAAGUCAGCAGCAAUGCGAAAAGAUAAACACAAUUGAAUUGCUAGAACCAGCAAAUGCUAAUCAGGAUCCCGGAAAGAUGAAAGUGAAGGCUGAGCAGGAUUCUGAAUUGGCUAAACCAACUACAAGCGCCAGAAGUUACACUCCACUUGGUAUUCGUAAAUCAAGACGAAAUUUGACUGAGGCUGAAAAGGAAGAACGGAGAAUAUGCAGGGUAUUGGCAAACAGAGAGUCAGCUAGGCAGACAAUUCGUCGUAGGCAGGCUUUGUGUGAGGAGUUAACCAGAAAAGCUGCUGAUCUAUCAUGGGAGAAUGAAAAUUUGAAGAGGGAAAAGGAGUUGGCUUUGAAAGUGUAUCAGUCCUUGGAGACCACUAAUAAACACCUAAAGGCACAGAUGGCAAAGGUAGUAAAGGCCGAGGUUGAGGAAACUCCAGGUGAACGUGGUUCAGCUGACGUGGGAGCCUCUAUCUCUUCAUCUACAAAUUGCCCACGGCUCUUGUAUGAUCAUCAUCCAUUUAUGCCUCCUUUCUGGCCUUCUAUCAUUCAAUCUUCAAAUCAUGUUCAGUCGCUCCAUGGACGACGAAGUGACAUCGUCAUUCAAUCAAACAUUCCCAUGCCAGCAACUUGUAGCCUUGAUACUUCUCAAGAACAAGAAAACCGCAAAGAUGUUAAUGGGCCAAGAACUUCGUUUUAUGUAUUGCCAUGUCCUUGGUUCUUUCCCCUUCCUGGUCAUGGGAACGAACGCCAACCUGAGCCCUCUACUGGCAUGAAAGAUGAACAAGAUGAAACUUCUCAUGACAACCAUUAUGGUGUGUGUUCAUCCUCAAAAUUUGUUGCACAUGUAGAAAACCACCAUUGCUCUUUGCCCGAUGAAGUAAAGACAGAAGCUUCAGGCUCAACAGAAGCCAGACCUGCCAAUGACUCGAAUGAAACCCCAGUUGGGCUACCCCAGGAUGGAGGUGAUCAGAAUACUGGAGCUCACUCUGAGGAAAUUUCCUUUACACCUGCACUAUUAGAUUGUUUUCAACGUGCAUCUUCCAUCAAGCACAAAAACAGGCCCCAAUUGGAAUACACUCCAGAUAUCGAAACACCUUCAACUGCUUGUUGUAUUGCAAGUGCUUUGCCUGAAAAGAAGCAAAAAUCAACCGUUUACCCAAAUAGGAAGCUAAUUGACGUGGUUGCUGCGGCAGGAGCAAGGAAGAGGAGGAAGGAACUGACAAAGCUGAAGAAUCUGCAUGGCCGUCAAUGUCGGAUGCAUUGCUGAGUAUAAAGGCCACUAGUUCGGUAAAGAACACUGAAGAAGAGCUGUUUAUCUACUAGUUUUUCCACGGGCUUUGUGCCUAGUCCUAAAGAAAUCCUUGGAGAUUUUGCCAAGCCUAGAACGCUUAUCCAGAACACAAUAAAGGGCCUUUGAAGAAACAGUCGCCGGCAUGUAGUCUGAUGUCCUCUGAGACUGCUCGAGGGUCAGGAAUUUAUCUCAAAUCAUCUAGGUUUCUUUGGGCUAAAAUGUGAUGUAAGCAGAAAUUCCGGUAGCCCCUUAUAAUAUAUUUAGGUCAAGAUGUCAAGUCUUCAAGAGAGGAGUGAUUCUUCGAGGACUAGGCAUUUUCCGAGUGGUUUAUCCAGAGAAAUUGUGCGAGAAAAUGAGUACAAUUUAUUGGAGCAAUGCUGCCAUUUGCUGGGAUCCUGAAGUUAGAGACGGGCAUCCAAAGAAAAUAACAUGGUGCUGACGUGUUGUAACCAUAGUAAUGAUUGGUAAUCCUUUUGUAGCAAGAAGAGUUUUUCCAUGGGAGCCUUUUUGUUUUAUGCCA